GCUGCUGCCGUGGGGGUUAUGCUGGUCCUGGUGCUGGUGGUCCUCAUCCCCGUGCUGGUCAGCUCCGUGGGCACAGAUGCCAGCCACUAUGAGAUGCUGGGCACCUGUCGCAUGGUGUGUGACCCCUACUUGAACAAGGGCACCCCUGCCAGCAGCACCAGCUCCACGGGUCUCCAGGCCGAGGCGGAGGCGUUGAGUGACCACAGCAAUAUGCCACCGCCUUCCACGCUCCUGCAGGGUCCGCAGGGAAAGCCGGGCAAGCCGGGCAAGCCUGGACCCCCCGGACCGCCAGGAGAGCCAGGGCCGCCGGGACCGGUGGGACCUCCUGGUGACCGAGGAGACAGAGGAAGGACAGGGAUUUUGGGAUUGGGGGGAAACGGAGCUAUCAGCACAGCGACCUACAGCACGGUGCCCCGGGUGGCCUUCUAUGCAGGGCUUAAGAAUCCCCAUGAAGGCUACGAGAUUCUCAAGUUUGACGACGUAGUCACCAAUCUCGGCAAUAACUACGACGGAAUCUCCGGAAAGUUCAUCUGCAGCAUCCCAGGCACGUAUUUCUUCAUCUACCACGUGCUAAUGAGAGGAGGGGACGGCACCAGCAUGUGGGCAGACCUCUGCAAAAAUGGUCAGGUCCGUGCUAGUGCCAUCGCCCAGGAUGCGGACCAGAACUAUGACUAUGCCUCCAACAGCGUCAUCCUCCAUCUUGACGCUGGGGACGAGGUAUAUAUCAAACUGGACGGGGGCAAGGCCCAUGGGGGCAACAACAACAAGUACAGCACCUUCUCUGGCUUCAUCCUCUACGCAGACUGA